AUGUCGCACAAGAAUGAAAGCACGGACGAAACAUACUGCCGCAGUAGCAUCGAUUCAGCAAUGCUAGGCGUCGAUGUUGAAAAGGCCAACUUGCUGCCGAAGCCAUCGGCCUCAUCCGACGACGAGGUCCAAGCGACUUGGAAGGCCAACGAGGGCCUCAAACCUGAACCUUCUGCCGCAGUUCAUCAUGACCGAGCGCAGCCUGCUGCUCUCGACCACUCUCCAGUGGCUAGUUUCGUCGAAAGACAUCCCCACUUCAACAUCACCGUGCCCCUAUUCAUUUGGCUCGGUAAUCCAUUCAUAUGGUGGAAGAUGGGCUGGGACUCGAGGGGCACUUUGCUCAUGGGCACUGCCCAAUCUCUGGUUGCUAUUGGGCUCACCACCGCCAUAUGGAGCUUCCUCACAUCGGAGUCCCGGGGUCAACACGCUAUCGACUGUACCAUCGACCGAACUGCGAAUGAGGGGGAAGACCGCCCGAAAGAGAAGCCCGGGACGACUGAGACUGCUGAUGAUGUCAAAUCUCCCGUGCUGGAUGCGCCUUAUGCUUCCAAAAGAUCAAUGACAGCGGAAGGCGCAGCUUCGUGGAAAGGCCAGGGAACAAAGUCAACGGUAGUAUUCCUGUGGAUGAUGGCCGUGGUUUCCGUGACAAACGCCCUCAUCAGUCUUCCGUGGAGCCAAGCCAGCCCGCUAGCAUGUCAGACACCUUCUCACCGCGUGUCCUUUCAAUUAGGGAAGCAUCGCGUUUCGAUCGCGCCUCCUAUGGAGUGCCAGAUCAAGGUCACGGCGUGUGCAGACUCAGUGGACAGCACCUUUAUCCAUCAUGGCAAGAUUCUGAACCACACUAAACCGCAGUCCUUUACUUUGUUGGUAUCCGCCAACAGUAUCGUGUCUUACGACGGAUACCAGGCUCUUCGUGUGCGUUCUGAAGGAGACCUCCCGGCCGUAAAAAGCAAACUCUCCAAGCUCUCGUAUGACGAAUGGGAGCGAACCGCUGACGACAUCACGAUCACGCUAUCACCCGAGCAAAUCCCAGCCUUCAUGAGCCUGGGUCUUAGACAUGACGUUAUGCAUGGUGACCUGGGCGCAUCCAUCAACGCCGAGUCUGCAUCCGACGCAGAGUGGAAGAGGCAAAUUGAUGACUUGGCUUGGUACGACUCUUAUCACCCAUACGAUGACCACAAGGCGUACUUUGAGGAACUUCACGCGGCUCACCCGGACCACUCGGAAAUCAUCUCUACUGGAACUUCUUAUGAAGGUCGAGACAUUUUUGGCAUUCAUUUCUGGGGAGAUGAGGGCCCUGGAAAGCCAGCGGUUGUCUUCCACGGCACUGUUCACGCCAGAGAAUGGAUCUCGGCACCAGUCAUUGAAUACGUAACCCUGCAACUUCUGACCGGCUACGGCAACGACAACCAGACAACUGUCGCCCGGGACAGUUAUGACUUCUACAUCUUCCCUUUUGUGAACCCCGACGGAUUCGUCUACACGCAGACAAACGACCGCCUUUGGCGUAAAAACAGACAACCACCUCCUAACAACUCGACAACCUGCUGGGGCCGCGACAUCAACCGCAACUGGCCCUACAAAUGGGAUGCCGACCCGAACGGCGCUUCGUCUGAUCCGUGUCACUUCGGCUAUAAGGGCGAGGCCCCUGGCGACACCCCCGAGAUGGCCGGCCUGCAUGGCUUCAUCGACAAGCUUCGCGACGCGAACGGCAUCAAGCUCUUCAUCGACUGGCACAGCUACAGCCAGUACCUGCUUGCGCCGCUCAGCUGGAACUGCACGCAGUAUAUCCCCAAGCUGGGCCAGCACAUCAAUCUUGCACGGCGCGCGACGCGAGCCAUUCGCGAGGUUGAGGGGACGCAGUUUGUCUUCGGACCAAGCUGUGCCACGCUGUACGUGGCUACAGGGUACAGCAUUGACUAUGCGUAUGAGGUGGGCAAGGCCGACUGGGCGUACCUCAUUGAGCUUCGGCAUACGGGGAAUCACGGGUUCGUGCUGCCACCGGAACAGAUCAGGGGGAGUGCAGAGGAGCAGUGGGUGGGAUUCAAAACCAUUCUGCAGUAUUUGGACGUUGAGGAUAUUUUUGAAGCCUGA